AUGCCGAAGGUAAAACGAGGAGGUCCGGGAGGCAGGGGAGGAGGCGGACAGGGCGUGGCAGGUCGUCCUCAAGGGGAAGUUCUGCCUACUCGCCCUGGAGUAGCUAGUAACCCGACUCCUGUCUCACUGUAUGCCAAUUGUUUUGAUCUCGUGGUCAAGAAAGGCAAAUUGAAUGUCUACUUGAACACUUUCAAGGUUCUGGGUCACAAGAACCAAGAAAUCAGAGGCGCAACAGCCAAGAGAAUUUUCAAACUUGCUCUGGAAAGCCUCCAAACCCAGCCCAACGAGUACGCCACGGAUUUCCAGCAACAGAUCGUCACCCUGAGUCGCCUCGAAGUACCUCUCAAUUCCAACAAAGAGAGACGACUCGAGAUUGAGAAAUGCGCCGUCAACUUUGAAGGCCCUGAGGUGGAGCUCCGACUCGACGACUCUGUCUUGAACUCGCCCUCACCGAAUGCCAUCAAUUGCCUUAACCUCAUUAUGGGCCAUUGGGCCCGAGAGCAGACGAACGUUGCAGCCAUCGGAAGGCACAGGUUUUUCCCACAGUCGAACAACUGGUUUUCAAGGCCUCCAAAGGGCUCCAAGCCGCAACUGAAUCUUGGGGAUCGUUUUAAUACUGACACUCCUGAGUCGCUGUCCGUUUCCCGAGGAUUUUUCCAAAGCGUGCGCCCAGCUAACGCCAAAUUGCUACUCAACGUGAACACGACCUUUGGUGUCUUUCGCCCCGAAGGCAACAUCAAAAAUUUGUACGAUGCGCUUGAAAAGAAGUACGAUUUUACCAAGAAUUCGGUGACUAAGAUCGAAGUCUUGACCAGACUCCACGAAGCUAUUGCCAAGGCAUUGGUGAUUUACGAGAAUCCAAAGGACAAUAAGCUGCAGACGGUGCGCAUUGCAGGUUUCGGUCGCAAGACCGACUCAGGAAAUGACAAAGGCAACCCAAGCAAUGAGAAAGAUCAUCCGCUGCUGAUUAAGGAGGACUUCCCUAGGCCGGGUUAUGUCAGUUUCUGGUUCAAAAAAGGCACGAAGGAGGGAUACCGUACAGUCAAGGACCAUUUCCGCGAGACAUACGGGGUUCCCUUAAACCCGCAUCUGCCCCUAGUCAACAUGGGAAAGCCGACACGCCCACAAUACAUCCCAGCCGAGAAAUGCAGGCUUGUAUGGGGCCAGAAACUGACGCGAAAAGUCACUGAGAUUCCAGGUCUCACCCAAGAGAAGUUGAACGAUCUGAACUUGUUCACGUGUCGACGCCCUUAUGACAACCUGACUUGGAUAAAAUCCGUACAUCAACACUUGAGCCUUGUUCCAGGCGUGAACAAAGCGCUGACGAACUUCGGGGUGUCUGUUGGUAAGAACCUGGUCAAAGUCGACGGGCGGACGUUGGCUUCUCCGACCAUCAAAUACUCAGUGGAAAGAUCAGCCCAGGUGAACAAUGCUUCGUGGUCACUGACGAACGUCAACUUUAUCAAGACAGCCACAGUGCAGCGAUGGACGUGGGUUUUCAUGAGCAGAGACAAAAGGGAUACCCCCAGUAGUGUCAGUAGGUUUAUCGGUGAGCUGCGCAACAUUUUGCGCGACAAGUGUGGCCAAGGCGAUGAAUAUGACGUUGCCGAAGACCAUUGCAUCAAUGCUGACGAAGGCAUUGCGGGUCUGAACAGAAUCUUGAGUUCGGCCAAGGCCAAGGGGAUUUCACUCGUCGUCCUGAUAUGCCAAAACAAGAUGUCCGUCACAACUUACAACGCAGUCAAGUUUAUUGGAGACAUUCUACAUGGCAUCCACACUUCUUGCAUUUUGGAGGAAAGCUGCCGAAAGCUCAACGAAGGAACGAACAAGGAAGCCUUCGAUUGGAACUACUUUGCCAAUGUGGCCAUGAAGAUCAACUUGAAGUUGGGCGGGAUCAAUCACAAGCUUGAACAGACGGUCGAGCUAUUCAGAAAACCUGGGCUCAUGGUAGCUGGCUACGAUGUGACUCAUCCGACAGGAGAAGACAGCAUCGGUGAAGAGAACGAGGCCAAGGAGAGUGCCACUAUGGACGACGGCGUCAAGGGACCUGACGAAGGGGUCAAACAGACCCAAGAUCCAAAGAACGAUUCAGAGGACCCUAAAAAAGAGCAGAGUCAGGUUGGUGUUGUCGUCAGUACCGACACGGAUCUUGGCAGGUGGUUUCCAUACUACUGGAACCAGCCACCCAGGCAGGAGAUGACGAACACAACCCUCGUCGAUGCAUUUGUGUCCGGAUUCGAAGCUUGGAAGUCGGCAAAUGUCAAUAAGAAGGUUCUCAAAGCUGUCAUUUACCGGGACGGUGUGUCUGAGAGCCAGUUCCAACAAGUCCUUGAGCAAGAAGUACCCCAAAUCAGGACUGCGCAUGCACGUGUGUUUCCUGAUGCGAAGCUGGAUAUUACACUCUUGGUCGCUAUCAAACGACACGCAACUCGCUUCUUUGUCGGGAACGAUGAAUCGGCACCCAAUAUCAAACCCGGGACGGUGGUCGACAACGGCGUCACUCAGCCGAAGUACUGGGAGUUCUUCUUGGCCUCCCACGCCGCGGUCAAGGGAACCACCAAGCCAACCCGCUACGUUGUGCUUGUCGAUGAGAUAUUCAGGAAGGGCUUCUCCCAGAUUGGUCCCGCCAACGAGCUUGAGAGAUUUACGAACCAGAUGUCUCAUCUGUUCGGCCGUGCGACCAAGGCAGUCAGUGUCUGCACCCCGGCUUACUACGCCGACAUUCUCUGCACAAGAGCGCGUGCCUACAAGGCUGCACUAGACGACGCCAACACCAGAUUCGUAGUCGAAAAGUCUAUCGCAAAUGAGAAGGAAGACGUAAGGGCCCGCGUAUUGGCUGGCGAAAUUCAUCCCGACAUGAAGAAUUCGAUGUAUUGGAUCUGA